AUGCAUUUCGUUAGGAUUGUCUUCUCCCUCUUUGCUCUGUCCAGCCUCACCUCUGGCGAUUAUGUCCAUCCCACUGUCGUCCAAGCUAUCCGCGAUACUGCAGAAUAUCGCAACUAUGUUGCAGCCCGCGAUGUUUUCAAGGAGACCCGCGCCCUAUUCAGUCGUAGUAAAAACAUCACUCUCUUUGGUGGUUUAUUUCGUCCGCUCGUGAGAGCCGGCAUGGCUCUCCAUCCCCAAGCACCCCAGGCAGCACUACCCAAUGAAGCACUCAUUGACUUGCCACUCAAAAUCAUCCCUCACACAGCCUCUGUGAUUGAUUCAUGCCAAAGUGCCGUUCCUUACCUCGAAGACGAGCCCCAUUUCGAGUUUUACGACCGGAUGUUCCCCGAGGACAAGGGGUGCCACGAUAUGCAGGGAUUCUUACAGCUGGCUGAUCGCUUCCGUCGCGAGCGAGAUUUCUUUAUGGCACUUUUAGCCAUCAUAUACUCCAUUAAACAGGACAAGGAGUCUCUCCUAACACGGUCGCGGGAUUCGAAUAUGAUCGCUAUUGACCCUGAGCACCUAGACCUCAAGGAUCCCACAUGGCGAAAUUUCCGUCUGCCAUUUAAUGAGGUUGCCACGAAGCAUCACGGCAUCCCGCAAAUAACGAGACACGCGAUGUCUUGUCAUGACCAAGAGAGCGUUCGGAGGUAUCUGGAGAUCCUCAAGCGGAUUUAUCCCAAGGAUACAUUCCUUAAUACUUAUUUCAAGAUCCUGUUUGCUGCCUACCUAUAA